AUGUAUUACAGCAGCGGCACCUAUGAAGCUCAUGCCAGGCCACUGAAGCCCCAGGGCGUCGACGACAAACAUGCCUGGAUCGUCGGGUCCGGCCUGGCGGGCCUGUCGACAGCAGCGUUCCUGGUCAGAGAUGCGCAGAUGCCCGGCAAGAACAUCACAAUCCUCGAGGAGAUGCACAUCCCCGGCGGCGCUCUGGAUGGGCUCAAUGUGCCGGAGAAAGGAUUCGUCAUUCGCGGUGGCCGCGAGAUGGAGCCACAUUUCGAGUGCGUCUGGGAGCUAUUUCGGUCUGUCCCAUCCAUCGAAGAGAAGGACGCCAGCGUUCUUGACGAGUUUUACUGGCUGAACAAGCGCGAUCCCAACUUCUCCCUCCAGCGGGCGACCGUGCAGCAAGGCAAAGACGCAGGGACCGGCAAGUUCUUCACAUUGACCGACGACGCGCAAAAGGAAUUAUUCCAGCUGUUCCUUGCGACGCGCAAGGAUGUGGAGAACAAGCGCAUUGACGAGGUCUUUGGCAAAGACUUUUUUGACAGCAACUUUUGGCUCUAUUGGCAGACGAUGUUUGCGUUUCAAACAUGGCACUCUGCGUUAGAGAUGAAGCUGUACCUCCAUCGAUUCAUCAACCACAUCCAGGGCCUUCCCGACUUCUCGACGCUCAAGUUUACAAAGUACAACCAGUACGAGUCGCUGGUGCUGCCGCUGAGGAAGUACCUCGAGGAUCACGGCGUGACGUUCCAAUUCCACACUGAAGUCCUCGACGUCGACUUUGAGAUCACCGAGGACGAGAAGCGAGCAACAAGGAUUCACUGGAUGCGCGAAGGAAAGAAGGGCGGCAAGGUCCUUACUCCCAACGACCUGGUCUUCAUGACCAUCGGUUCUCUGACCGAGAACUCAGGCCUGGGCGACCACCAGACGCCCGCAGAGCUGCGAGAUGGACAGGCACCCGCUUGGGACUUGUGGCGACGAAUUGCCGCCAAGAGCCCCGAAUUUGGUCGACCAGAGGUCUUUUGCGGCGACAUCUCCCAGUCGAAGUGGAUGUCGGCGACAGCGACAACACUGGACAAGCGCAUCCCCGAGUACAUCCAGAAGAUCUGCAAGCGAGACCCGUUUGCCGGCAAAGUCACCACGGGAGGUAUCAUCACCGUACGAGACUCGAAUUGGAUCAUGAGCUGGACGGUGAACCGCCAGCCGCACUUCAAGAAGCAGCCCAAGGACCAGAUCGUCGUCUGGAUCUACGGCCUUCUUGUGGAGAAGCCCGGCGACUACAUCAAAAAGCCCAUGCAAGACUGCACCGGCGAGGAAAUCACUAUGGAGUGGCUCUACCACCUCGGCGUUCCCGUGGCAGACAUUCCCGAGCUGGCCAAGACCGGUGCGAAAACAGUCCCCGUCAUGAUGCCCUACGUCACGUCGUUCUUCAUGCCCCGCCAGGCAGGCGAUCGUCCGAACGUUGUCCCCCAGGGUUCGAAGAAUUUCGCUUUCAUCGGACAGUUUGCCGAGACAACCAGAGAUUGCAUCUUUACGACCGAAUAUUCUGUGCGCACUGGCAUGGAGUCGGUGUACCAGCUCACCGGGGUGGACCGGGCUGUGCCUGAGGUGUACGCGUCGACGUAUGACCUCAGGUAUCUGUUGAAAGCGUCGCUUUUGUUGCGAGACGGGAAGGGACCGGCCCUGUGGGCGCCGGAGUUGCUGCAGGAGCAUCUCUAUAAGAAGUUGCAAGAGGCAGAGCUUCCACAGCUUGCGCAUGAGUAUGGGCUGGUCUGA